UGAAUUUCCAUCCAGGUGGAAGAAACACUCAUCAGAUCAAACUCUGAUCAGAACCACUUUCAACUUCCCAAUUUAUCUUCCCAAACAUGUCCACACAACUAGAAAACGCGUUGGUAGAAAUCCAAAUCCCCGAACAAAAGCUUCUCCCAAACGGAACCCCAUUCCCAGCAAUCGUAACUCCACGUACACUCCCUCUAAACGCAACACACACAAUCAAAACCCACAAACCGUAUUUCGAAUCCCUCCUCCACCACUCCGGCGCGAUCCUCCUCCGUAACUUCUCUCUCCAAACCGCCUCCCAUUUCAACUCCCUCGUGGAAGCCUUUGAUUACGCCGAACUCCCCUACAUCGGCGGCGCUGCACCACGCACCAACGUCGUCGGCCGUGUCUUCACUGCCAAUGAAUCUCCACCUGAUCAGAAAAUCCCUUUCCAUCAUGAAAUGGCUCAGGUUCCGGAAUUUCCGUCGAAAUUGUUCUUUUUCUGUGAAAUUGAGCCGAAGAAUGGUGGUGAAACGCCUAUUGUUCUUAGUCAUGUUGUUUACGAUAGGAUGAAGGAUCGUUAUCCGGAAUUUGUGGAGAAGCUUGAGAAGUUUGGGUUGUUGUAUGUUAGAGUUUUGGGUGAAGAUGAUAAUCCUAACUCUCCCAUUGGUAGAGGCUGGAAAUCAACCUUUUUAACCCAAGACAAGAACAUUGCUCAACAAAGGGCUGGUGAACUUGGUAUGAAGUUGGAAUGGUUGGAAGAUGGAGUGAAAACAAUCAUGGGACCAAUUCCUGCAGUGAAGUAUGAUGAGGUAAGAAAGCGCAAGAUUUGGUUUAAUAGCAUGGUUGCUGCUUACACUGGUUGGAAAGAUGAGAGAAACGAUCCUGUUAAGGCAGUGACAUUUGGGGAUGGCAGCCCUUUACCUGCUGAUGUAGUGUACGAUUGUCUUAACAUACUUGAGGAGGAAUCUGUUGCUAUUCCUUGGCGUAAAGGCGAUGUUAUGUUGCUCGAUAAUUGGGCUGUUCUUCAUUCUCGAAGACCCUUUGAUCCCCCUCGCAGGGUGCUGGCUUCUCUUGUCAAGUAGAUUACCAAUUCCUACAUUGCACAGUAAUAAAGACUUGAGGGUUCUACCUAAAAUUCUGAGUUGUAUUGGUAGUUUUGCAGCAAUAACAUGAUGUAUAGGACACUUGUCGUGUAGAAAACCAUAAAAUGCCACUCAGUUGAUCCGAUCCGACCUAAAAGAAAGAUUUAGCUUCUUAGUGACUAAAUAUGAAUUGUUACUUUUGGAUAGUAUAUACUGUAGAAUUUUAUACUGAAUAAUAUAGUCUUAAUUGAAAUCUUGUUCUGUA